AUGAGCGCACCCGUCGACAACGUCGUGGUGGAGCGGCUCUCUACAGCCAACCAAAAACCCAUCAACGAGCCCCGCCGCUUUGCGCUGUUGGUUCUUGGCGCCUUUUGUUCCAUGUGUACGUCCUUUCUCUAUGCCUUCAAUCUCGUAUCUGGAGCAAUGCAAGCGCGCUACAACCUCACACAGCGAGAUCUCUCCACCAUCACUACUGUUGGUAUCGCAGUUGGAUAUUUCUUGCUGCCCUACAGCUUCAUCUAUGACUAUCUGGGGCCGAGACCCAUAUUUAUGCUCUCAGUAACGGUGUUCUGCCUGGGUACGUUGCUUCUCGCACUGACAUUCCAAGAAGUGAUUGAAGGAUCUGUUGUGAGACUCAGUGUCUACAAUGGUCUCAUGACAUUGGGAUGUAUGUUGUUUGACUUAGGCGGUGUGGUGACAGUACUCAGCGUGUUUCCAUCCAACCGUGGUGCCAUUGUGGCUAUCAUGAAGAGCUUUGCAGGACUUGGUUCCGCAAUCCUAGGCAGUAUUCAGUUGGCCUUCUUCAGUGACAGGCCAGAUAUAUAUUUCUUUUCUAUCAUGUCGUUUGCCCUAACGGUUGGUAUCCUCGGCAUUGUAUUCAUGCGUCUGCCACCAUUCCAUUUGACGGGCUAUCAGGAAAAGCACCUUGAUGAAGAAGAGAAGGCACAGAGGCUUGCGCGCAAGGGUGUGUACCUGAAGCAGAAGGCACCCAUGUGGCGUUUCAUCUAUGGUUUCGUCCUUCUCAUCAUCCUCAUUUUCUUCCUCCCCCUGCAGGGAGCGCUCGUAGCGUAUCUCAAACUCGGAAGCAACUUCAAGGUGGGGUUUGCUGUGACAGUUAUUGUGUUGACCGCAAUAUUCCCUUUUAUGGCAUUCCCACUUACUACCUUCGACGGAAAACGCCCACAUGACGAUUCUGAUGGUGAGGUGGAUGAUAAAGAGGAAAUGAGUGAAGAGCCCUUCCCUGUGGAAGAUAAGGUAGUUGAGACUGAUGUCGACUAUAUUGCUCCACAGUUCCAGGAAACAUUUUUCGAGAGCCUGAAAACAGCACGGUUAUGGUGCCUACUGUGGUCAAUUUUCUGUUGCGUUGGUGCCGAGUUUGUCAUCAUUUUUAAUGCCCGAUUUGUAUACACGGCACUUGCGGGUGAGGUCCCCGACGACGCGCUAAACACCCUCCUUACUGUUCUAAAUGGUGUGGGUAGUGCUGUAGGACGACUUUGUAUGAGUUACUUCGAAAUCUGGUCGCAGAAGCGCCGUGCUGAAGAUCGCGUCCCCAUCACCAUUGCGCUGUUUAUCCCUUCGGUUUGUAUCAUCACCAUGUUGACACUCUUCCUCACUCUCCCGAAGGCUGCAUUACCUUUACCAUACUUCAUCGCAGCAACAGCCAACGGCUUUAUGGCCACAACCAUCGCCCUCGUCGCCCGCACAAUAUUCGCCAAGGAUCCUGCAAAGCAUUAUGAUUUCUGCUUUCUUGGUUCAAUGCUUUCAGCCAUCUUCCUUAAUCGUCUACUGUACGGUGAGUGGUACACGCAACAAGCCGAUAAGUUGGGUCAGGAUGUUUGCACCGAGCGUGUUUGUGUGGUGAUGCCGCUUGCAUUCUUACUUGGUUUAUCUUUCUUGGCAUUCAUCACCAGCACCUACGUGCAUCUGCAGUACCGAAAUCUUUGUUUGAAGGCCCUUGAAGAACGUCGGCGCAUCAGAGAAGGCGAAGAGGCAUUAAAUGAUGAGUCACUGUCCCACACAGAAUAG